AUGGUCUCCAAGCAGCCCGCCAGGGAUUUCCUGGACUUUGUCAACGCAUCCCCUACACCCUUCCACGCGGUCAAAUCCGCCAAGGACCUUCUGGCCCAAGCCGGGUUCCAGGAAAUCAAGGAAAAAGACUCUUGGGCCAAGACAUGCCAGCCCGGAGGCAAGUAUUAUCUUACUCGCAACACCACCACUCUCGUUGCUUUCGCAAUUGGACAGCAAUGGAAGCCCGGCAACUCCAUCUCCAUGAUCGGUGCUCACACUGACUCCCCCGUCCUGCGGGUCAAGCCCGUCAGCAAUAAGCGGGGCGAGGGCUUCGUUCAGGUCGGUGUUGAGUGCUAUGGUGGUGGUAUCUGGCACACCUGGUUUGACCGUGACCUCGGCGUGGCCGGCCGGGUGAUGACCCGUGCUAAGGACGGUUCGAUCGUGCAGAAGCUGGUCAAGGUUGACCGUCCCAUUCUGCGCAUUCCAACUUUGGCCAUCCACCUGGACCGCCAGGAGAAUUUCUCCUUCAACAAGGAGACUCAAUUGUUCCCCAUCGCCGGCCUGGUUGCCGCUGAGCUUAACAGAACCCCCGAAUCCACACCCAAUGGCAAGUCAAAUGAAAACGAAGAGGACGACUACACCCCUCUGAAGUCCAUGACUGAGCGUCAUCAUCCCUACUUCGUCGACUUGAUCGCCGAGGAAGCUGGUGUCAAGGCUGAGGAUAUCCUGGACUUUGAGAUGAUUCUUUUUGAUACCCAGAAGUCCUGCCUCGGUGGUCUGCUCGAGGAGUUCAUCUUCUCACCCCGUUUGGACAACCUUAACAGCACAUACUGCGCCACCGUCAGUUUGAUUGAUUCUGUUGCCGACUCCUCUGCGCUGGCCGACGAAUCCGCCAUCCGUCUGAUCGCCCUCUUCGACCACGAGGAGAUCGGUAGCCGUACUGCGCAGGGUGCGGACUCUAACAUUCUUCCAUCCAUCAUCCGCCGUCUGUCUGUUCUCCCAUCUUCAUCAUCAUCAGAUGUAGACCUUGCCACCGCCUACGAACAGACUCUUUCCACCUCAUUCCUUGUCUCUGCUGACAUGGCCCACUCGGUCAACCCCAACUAUGCCGCCAAGUACGAGGCCGACCACAAGCCCGAAAUGAACAAGGGUCCCGUCAUUAAGAUCAACGCCAACGCUCGCUAUGCUACCAACUCUCCUGGUAUCGUUCUGCUGCAAGAGAUUGCUCGCAAACACGCCCAGAAGAUUGGCGAGCACAUCCCUCUGCAGCUGUUUGUCGUUCGUAACGACUCUAGCUGCGGUAGUACCAUCGGCCCCAUGCUGUCUGCAGCUCUUGGGGCCCGCACACUGGAUCUUGGUAACCCCCAACUGAGUAUGCACAGUUGCCGUGAGACCGGAGGUACCUACGAUGUCGCGCACGCGAUCCGCCUCUUCACUGGAUUCUUCGAGCACUACUCGGAGCUGUCGAAGAACAUUCUAGUGGAUUAA